UCUUGUUAUUACCUUGCUUGCACAUAUCAUAUUCAAACAUAAUCUUAUAAAGGAAGGAUCAACUAACAGGUUAGGAUCUCAAUUUUGGGGCCAAGAAAAACACAAUGAGCAAGCAGCCAGGCAUUUAUUCUGAUAUUGGCAAAAAUGCAACAGAUCUUCUGUAUGGAGAUCAUAUCAGGCAAUCUCCAAUUCGCUAUCAGAACAAUUGGCUUGAUUUUUUGAGCUUAUACUUCAAGUGUCAAGUUAGUGGCAUUGUACCUGGGCUAAGUACACUUCUCAAGUUGCAUAUACCAGAUCAGAGGCCUGGUAAUGUGGAAGUGCAGUACAUGAAUAAUUAUUUUGGAGUUGCAACAGGCAUCAGUUUGGCAAAAAGUCCCCUGUUAACUCUAUCUGGUGUCACAGGAAUUGGGUUUUUUAGCAUUGGUUCAGAGAUAUCUUUCGAUACAGCAACCAAAACACUGACCGAAUAUAAUGCUGGUUUGAACGUCAAUACUGACAUUCUCACUGCUUCACUCACCCUGAGCGAUAAAGCUGAUACUUUGAGAGCUCACUUUUACCGGCCAAUUCGACCCUUAACAAGCACUGGGGUUGCAGCGGAGAUAACGCAUAGGUUCAUCAGCAAACAGCCGACUCUAACACUAGGAGCUCAGCAUUGUCUGUUUCCUUUCAUGCUGAUUAAAGCUCGAGUUACAAGUGAUGGCAGUUUGGGUGCUCUUGUCCAAAACAAUAUUUUCUCAACAGUCUUUCUGAGUAUCGCAACAGAGUUGAAUGUCAUGGAUGCUAGGAAUACUGCGAAACUGGGGUUCUCACUCGCCCUUAACUUUAAGCGUACCAGAGGCGAACCUAGGAUUUGAAGUUUCUGGCUACCCUUCACUUACCAGAGAACUCACAAUCCAUUUAUGCUACUAUGCUUGCAAUUUAUUAUAGUUUU